AAGUUUUAAAGAAACCAAACCCGUCAUCAAAUCAUCUCUUUCACAUAUAUUUCUCCACCGAAGAAAACAUCAUAAAAAUGGCAAACUUCUCUGCUCUUCUCACGAUAACUCUCCUCCUUUGCUCCACGCUGAUGUGCACCGCCCGUCCCGACCCGACCUUUUCGGCCUCUAUCACAAUUUUUACGGCUGACCCGCUGGAAAAGAGCAUAGAAGGAAAACUGGAUGAUGUGGCGGAAGAGAACUGUGGUGCUAACGACGAAGAUUGCUUAAUGAGGAGGUCUUUGGUUGCUCAUGUUGAUUACAUAUAUACCCAGAAACAGAAGAAGAAUCUUUGAUAUUUUCACUUAUAGUACUUUGAUUAUAUAUCUAACAAAGUAUUGCUAAUACACGUUUGUGAUUUGUGUGUCAUCCUUAAUUAGUAGAGUAUUUUUCUAAUAGAUCAUCAAAAAGUUAUGGCUGUGAUUAAUUGUUAUACCUACGAAAUUUUGCCAAA